UCUGUAACCACGUGGACUCAAGAUACCGCAGCGCUCGUGUUCACGCUCGCCGUCUGCUCAGCUAAAGUCAUGGCUACUGCUGCUGCUGCUGCCCGUGCCCUUCCCGUGGUUAUCAUCGCCGCCUUCCUCUCAUCCUCCACUCUGGUUUCGUGCGCUCCUCUUCCCGGCGCCAACGUGACCGCCAACUCCUCGGACCCGCUGCUGAGCGCAUUGGAGUCGCUCCGCGCGGCGCUUGGAAACGGAUCUCUGAGCGCCCUGGGGGUCGUGCAGCUACUCAACAAAUGCGGGGCGUCGGACCUUGCGUCCCCUGCGCUGCUCCAAGUUGCCAGCAACUCCAGCCUGGAUCAGUGGCCCGCGACGAUGUCAGAGGUCGUUGCCAAGGUCCAGAAGACGUUCAACGUGACCAGCCAGGACAUUUUGUCCUGGGUCUCCAAGGUCCUGCAGCUCUGCUCUCCGUCAGCGGCGGCGGGGUCGACUGCUGCUCCUGGAAGCCAGAACCCCAGUGUAGCUUCCCCUUCAGCCGGUCAGAAACCCAGUGUAGCUUCCCCUUCAGCCGGUCAGAACCCCAGUGUAGCUUCCCCUUCAGCCGGUCAGAACCCCAGUGUAGCUUCCCCUUCAGCCGGUCAGAACCCCAGUGUAGCUUCCCCUUCAGCCGGUCAGAACCCCAGUGUAGCUUCCCCUUCAGCCGGUCAGAACCCCAGUGUAGCUUCCCUUUCAGCUGGUCAGAAACCCAGUGUAGCUUCCCCUUCAGCUGGUCAGAACCCCAGUGUAGCUUCCCCUUCAGCUGGUCAGAACCCCAGUGUAGCUUCCCCUUCAGCCGGUCAGAACCCCAGUGGAGCUUCCCCUUCAGCUGGUCAGAAACCCAGUGUAGCUUCCCCUUCAGCUGGUCAGAACCCCAGUGUAGCUUCCCCUUCAGCCGGUCAGAACCCCAGUGUAGCUUCCCCUUCAGCUGGUCAGAAACCCAGUGUAGCUUCCCCUUCAGCCGGUCAGAACCCCAGUGUAGCUUCCCCUUCAGCCGGUCAGAACCCCAGUGUAGCUUCCCCUUCAGCCGGUCAGAAACCCAGUGUAGCUUCCCCUUCAGCCGGUCAGAAACCCAGUGUAGCUUCCCCUUCAGCCGGUCAGAACCCCAGUGUACCUUCCCCUUCAGCCGCCGGUCAGAACCCCAGCGGAGCUUCCCCUUCAGCCGGCCAGAAACCCAAAAGCGCUUCCCCUUCAGCCGGCCAGAACCCCAGCGGAGCUUCCCCUUCAGCCGGCCAGAAACCCAGUGGAGCUUCCCCUUCAGCUGGUCAGAACCCCAGUGGAGCUUCCCCUUCAGCCGGCCAGAAACCCAAAAGCGCUUCCCCUUCAGCCGGCCAGAACCCCAGCGGAGCUUCCCCUUCAGCCGGCCAGAACCCCAGUAGAGUGCCCCCAUCAGGGAGUCAGAACUCGAGUGCCAGACCUGCUUCAGUCAGGCAGAAACCCAAGGAGAAAGAUCAGAAGGAAGACGAGGGGUCCAAGGAGGAGAAAGACGAUAAAAAAGAGCCCAAGAAGGAAGAGAGUAAGAAAGAUGACAAGUCUUCUAAGAGAGACGAGCCCAAGAAGGAGCAAAAAGCGCCCUCUCGCAAUGGGAAUUAA